GCUUAGCCACAGGGGCAGGUGCUGAGGGGCUCCCGGUCCGGCUGCUGCCGCUCCCCUGCUCCGGACCCGGGGCUCCCCCUAGCGCCGCUGAGGAGCCGCCUGUGCGGCUCGAGGAGGGCGGAGAAGCGGGGCUGAGAGCGCCUGGAGGCUCGAGCGGAGGAUAGAAGGACAAGGACAGAAUCACCAGCACUGGCUGAAGGUACCUUAACUUGGGGAAUCUUCUUAAAGUUUUGACAUGCACACACCUUGAGCAGGGGCCAAAUUUUUUCCUUGAUUUUGAAAAUGCCCAGCCUACAGAGUCUGAGAAGGAAAUUUAUAAUCAGGUGAAUGUAGUAUUAAAAGAUGCAGAAGGCAUCUUGGAGGACUUGCAGUCAUACAGAGGAGCUGGCCACGAAAUACGAGAGGCAAUCCAGCAUCCAGCAGAUGAGAAGUUGCAAGAGAAGGCAUGGGGUGCAGUUGUUCCACUAGUGGGCAAAUUAAAGAAAUUUUACGAAUUUUCUCAGAGGUUAGAAGCAGCAUUAAGAGGUCUUCUGGGAGCCUUAACAAGUACCCCGUAUUCUCCCACCCAGCAUCUAGAGCGAGAGCAGGCUCUUGCUAAACAGUUUGCAGAAAUUCUUCAUUUCACACUCCAGUUUGAUGAACUCAAGAUGACAAAUCCUGCCAUACAGAAUGAUUUCAGCUACUACAGAAGAACAUUAAGUCGUAUGAGGAUUAACAAUGUACCGGCAGAAGGAGAAAACGAAGUAAAUAAUGAAUUGGCAAAUCGAAUGUCUUUGUUUUAUGCAGAGGCAACUCCAAUGCUGAAAACCUUGAGUGAUGCCACAACAAAAUUUGUAUCAGAUAAUAAAAAUUUACCAAUAGAAAAUACCACAGAUUGUUUAAGCGCCAUGGCUAGUGUAUGCAGAGUCAUGCUGGAAACACCGGAAUACAGAAGCAGAUUUACAAAUGAAGAGACAGUGUCAUUCUGCUUGAGGGUAACGGUGGGCGUCAUAAUACUCUAUGACCACGUACAUCCAGUGGGAGCAUUUGCUAAAACUUCCAAAAUUGAUAUGAAAAGUUGUAUCAAAGUUCUUAAGGACCAACCUCCUAAUAGUGUAGAAGGUCUUCUAAAUGCUCUCAGGUACACAACAAAACAUUUGAAUGAUGAGACUACCUCCAAGCAAAUUAAAUCCAUGCUGCAAUAACAGUUCUGGAGUAAGCACCUGCUGUAGGCAGAAGACAGUGUUCUGCAAUGACUGAGAAUGCACAGUUUUUUAGUGAUUGCAAUUACUAUCUCAUUUAUUCUUGCUUUUAUUUCUUUCCUCUGUUCCUCUUCCCCCUUUUUUAAUCAUGUUCUUGUUCUUAAGACUUCUUUUCUGUGCCAAAAUCAGUAAAGUUACACUCUGAAGGGAUAUCAUCCUUUCAAACGGGCCAGCUAAGGCAGCUAAUUAUGCAUUGCAUUGGGAUCUCCACUGAGAAAAAUUCUGUGACUUGAACUAAAUAUUUUUAAAUGUGGAUUUUUUUUGAAACUAAUAUUUAAUAUUGCUUCUCCUGCAUGGCGAGACUGCCUAUUCUGCUAUUUAAAAACCCUCAAUGACUUUAUUUUCUAAUGCCGCCUUUUUCAUGUGCAACCAAAAUGAAAAUGUUUAAAUUAACUGUGUUGUACAAAUGGUACCCAACACAUACUUUUUUAAAAUUAGUAAUACUUUUGUUUAAAGUUUUAAGUUUGCAUUUUGACUUUUUUUGUAAGGAUGUAUGUUGUGUGUUUAACCUUUAUUAACUAACGUUAAAAACUGUGAUGUGUGCGUAGAAUAUUACGUAUGCAUGUUCAUGUCUAAAGAACGGCUGUUGAUGAUAAAAUAAAAAUCAGCUUUCAUUUUUCUAAAA